AUGGUUUCCAUGAACCCUUUGCCAUCUGUGAAGGACUUUACCUUAUUGUUUAGCUCCAUUGUUAAGAUGAAGCUUUACACAGCUGCCAUUUCUUUAAUCAAACACUUGUUCUCCUUACGACUCAAAUCUGAUAUCUAUACACUCAAUAUUGUUGUCAAUUGUCUGUGUCGUUUGAAUCACACACCCUUUGCUUUCUCUGCGGUGGGGAUGAUGUUCAAGUUCGGCUUGGAGCCCGACGUGGUCACAUUUAACACCAUUCUAAGGAACACGGAAACAGGAAACUGCAAACAAAGUGUUGAUGUUGCGGGUUAUACCGCAAUUGUGGAUAGUCUUUGCAAGGAUGGGCUGCUAUCUGAGGCUUUGAGUCUAUUCUCCGAAAUGAUAACAAAAGGUCUUCAACCCGAUACUAUCACUUACAAUUGCUUGAUUCAUGGACUAUGUACUUUCAGCAGAUGGCAGGAGGCUGCGUCUUUACUGAGCAAGAGGAAACAAAAGGGAAUUAUGCCGGAUACGCAUACUUUUAAUAUUUUAGUGGAUGCUCUUUGUAAAGAGGGAAAGAUUUUAAGUGCUAGAGCCAUACUCGGUCAAAUGGUUCGAAUGGGAGAGGAGCCUACUGUUGUCACCUAUAACUCAAUGAUUGCUGGUUAUUGUUUCCAAAAUCAAAUGGAGGAGGCCAUGAAAGUAUUUGUUUUGAUGGUUCACAAGGGAUGCCUACCAGACGUCAACACUUAUACUUCAUUAAUCCAUGGGUGGUGCAAAAUCAAAAGGAUUAAUAAGGCUAUUUAUCUCUUGGAUGAAAUGAUUAAUAAUGGUUUAAAUCUGGACGUUGUGACUUGGAAUACCCUUAUCUAUGGAUUUUGCAAAGUGGGUAAACCAUUAACUGCUAAAGAAUUGUUUUUUACAAUGCACAAAUUUGGUCAAUAUCCUGAUGUAUUCAGCUGUGCCAUUAUAUUGGAUGGCCUAUUCAAAUGUCAUUUGUCUUCUGAUGCAAUAUCAUUAUUUAGAGAAAUGGAGAAGAAUAAUUUGGAUCUUAAUAUUGUAACUUACAGUGUGGUGCUCCGUGGGAUGUGCCAUGCCGGAAAACUAAAUGAUGCACUAGAACUCUUCUCUUGUCUGCCAGCAAAAGGCUUGAAACCUGAUGUAUAUACUUAUACAAUAAUGAUCCAAGGGCUAUGUGGGGAAGGACUUCUGAUUGAUGCUGAAGAGUUGCUGAAGAAUAUGGAAGAGCAUGGCUGCUUGCCAGAUAGCUGUACAUAUAACAUCUUCAUCCAAGGAUUACUACGACGAAAUGCUGUUCUGAAGUCAAUAAAAUAUUUUCAGAUUAUGAAAGACAAAGGUUUUGCAGCAGAUGCUACAACCAUGGAAUUGUUUGUGGGUUGCCUCUCUACGCACAAAGGAGAGAAUGCUUUUCAAGAAUUUGUGCAGAAAAUUGUUUGAAUAUAUCAAUAUAACCUCUUAGUUCUUUAUUUG